AUGAUUCAGAUCAUGAGCAGCGGUAAUGUCUUUACCCGUGGCCUGUCUCGGAUCUCACGACGAAGAAAACGACGUCGCAACCUCGCCGCACUGGAACAAGGACCCAGUACUGCAGCCACCGCCAAUGUUUCGACUCCAGAUGUCGAGUACCUGACACAACCCAUCAAAACGACGGCCGUAAAGGUGAUAUUUGAUGCCCAGGGGCGGAUCGAUGCGGUUAACUUAGCGCAGCGGACCGCAACCUCUAAUGGUUACAUUGCUAAUGAAGCAAAAAGUCGGGACGAUCACAAUGGCUGUCGUCAGAAUUAUCCUACUGUCAGGGAAUGCUUCAAAAUCCAUCAUACACCAGCUAAUCUAAGCUCUAAACUAAGUUCUGUUUUGGGACGUUCAAUGGACCGUCUGCGACGAUCCAUUAGACAAUCGUUUCGGCGAGGAGGGCGCCAUAGUCCCGAAAACAGUGUACCCUCCGAACUUGUCGCUUCUAAUGUUUCCAACGGACAAAAGCAGGAACAGUGGCAACCAGAUGAAGCUGCUGUGAGAGCUGGACUCUGCCAUUUUAGUGUCAAGUAUCUUGGAUCUGUAGAAGUAUACGAAUCUCGUGGGAUGCAAGUUUGCGAAGGAGCGCUUAAAAUGCUUCGGAGUAAUAGACGACGACCUAUAAAGGCUGUUCUGUACGUCUCCGGAGAUGGACUUCGCGUCGUUGAUCAGGAGAACAAUAGGGGUUUAAUCGUUGACCAAACUAUUGAGAAAGUUUCGUUUUGUGCUCCGGAUCGCAACAACGAUAAGGGAUUCGCAUACAUUUGCAGGGAUGGUACAUCUCGGCGAUGGAUGUGCCACGGGUUUCACGCUACGAAAGAAACAGGAGAACGACUUUCUCAUGCUGUUGGUUGUGCCUUUUCUAUUUGCUUGGAACGAAAGAAGAAGCGCGAUGAGGAGAAUGUGCAAUCAUUGGAAAAAGCCCUGAAUCCAAAUUGGGAAGAUAAAGACGACGCCGCUGCUGCACUUCAACGAACAAACCAAGCUUAUCAGUCCUUCCGUAAACAAAUACCCAUUAGCGAGCGGUUACAGGAUCCGCAGUCUGCUAUCGUUAACACUGCUCCUCUAUCCACUGCUCACCAACCUUCAUCAAGUAUUGCGAAACCUCGUCCAACUCCUAAUCCUGCCUUAUUCCAACGACAGGGUUCUUUGCGCGCUCCCGAGUCCUCGUCCGCGGCUCAGUUUCGGCGGAACUACUCGCUGCGCGUUAAUGCUCAGAGCUUGGAUGGAUUUCCAAUGAAACCGACUUUCGGCAAGCAGUCAUUGCACAAUGAGCCGAUAUAUGAAGGUGAAGAGGAAAACAGCGUUCAAAUGGGGACUUCGUUCUCCACAAGUCCUGGCGCAGCUCCAUAUGCUAAUACUUCGCCUCGUCCUACAACUUCCUCUUUUAUAGCUGCUUCAGCCACUGCUCCCUCAACUGACGUUUUUGACUUGAUUGGAUUAGGACCAACUCCGUCGACUUCAUUAUCAGCUGAUGUUGUCAACUAUACUGUUGACAAGGAUCAAGCAGCAUCUCCUCUUCAGUGUGCGCUUUCACCCACUCCACCUGCGACGGUUGUGCAUCCAUCUACUGCACUGACAAAUGGAAUUAGCAGUGGUGUUACCACUAAUCAAAUCAACGUUAAUACUAAUUGGCCGACACCUGCUUCUACUUCGCAAUAUUCAUCUCGAUCGAGAGCGGAUGAAUGGUUGGAAGAUGCGUUUCGCACUUCUCUCACUAUCAAUUCUCCUCCACUUCCGAUGUCUCCUCCUACUGAUGCGCCAGUUGCAGACUCGAGUGGUUUCCAAAGUUGGCAAACAACAUCAAAUCAAUCACUUUUCGACAGCCCUGUUACUAGUGGCCCGCCACCUGUUGCUCCACCACCUCCUCUUCCAAGUAAGGAUGUAGUUGUGAAUGGAUCGCUUUCUGCUCGAUCUGGGACGGGCCUAGACGCUUUCGGUCAGUCUGUCCAGUGGGAUCCUUUACCAGUUACUCCAGUUUCGCGGGCUGAAGAUCCCUUUGACAUCCAAUGGAGUCGUCUGGCUGCUGGUCCAACAGUCCCUUCGAAUCCGUUCAUAAGUGAAGUUCCACGAGAACUGAGAAUAUAA